AUGUUCGAAUGUGAGCCAUCGCGAGUUUUUAAUAUUCAACGAGUUCUUGAAUCUAAGUACAAUGCUGCCGUGAUCGAGGCUGAAGAUCAACUUGAGCCACACGAGCUGGUCAUGGUGGACCCAGAAUUGCGACUCCAGAUAAAUACACUUGUUGAUCGGCUCCGCGAACGUUGUGAGUACAUUAUUCGGGUGUUUGACAAUAUAUGCGAACCCGAGCUGGAGACUACCGCAGACCAGAGCAGAGCUUAA